AUGUUUAGUCCCACCAAGGGGAAAUCGAGGGACGACCUAAUCAAUUACGUAAAAAGCAGGACUUUCACAACGGACGAAAUCAUGCAGACUGGGGAGGUGUCUCAAACACUCAAUCCCGGCAAAUCGAGCGACUCAGCAGCCAACACCGGUGAACUGAGUAGCCGUGAGGCUGUUGAUUCUGCCCAGAAAGCGAUCCCAAGUACAACAGAGGCAGAGUUUAUUAAACCAAAAAAAAAAAACACAAACCUGAGCAAAAUAAUAUCAGUCAAAUCAACAGAGAAAAGGAAAGCCAUAGAGCUUCAGAACCGGUACUCCUCGCUCAGCGAGAGCGAAACGGACAACGAAGACAUGGGCAUUGCUCGGAAAAACAGCAAAAGGUUGAAAAAAGCACACAGAAGGAACACGACUAAGGAAGAACGGAUGAGCCAAACUGAGAACGACAAGCAGAAUAGCCGUAAACAAAGCCAACCUCCGCCAAUCGUUUUAAAGGGUAACAGGGUGACAACCCACAAGGACUUGGUCGAGACCCUGAACAAAGACAUCAAAGAUUAUACGCUGAAGUUCACAAGGAAUAAUAUACUUGUGAACAUAAGCGACGUGGAGCAACACCGUAAAUUCAUAGAAGUCCUUCAGGAUUCAAAUACAGAAUUCCACACCUAUACAAGUAAAAACGAAAAAACCCACGCGUUCGUGUUGAGAGGAUUGGACUCGGAACCCGACAUUGACGAGAUCCGGUCCAAUCUUCUGGAAGACCACGACUUAAAGGUCAUAAAAAUUUAUAAACUAAAAUCAAAGUACAGGCCGUUGUAUAUGAUCAUCACAGACAAUAAAGUCACCCUCAAGUGGUUCAACCAGUGCAUCAGACACGUAUUAAAUAUACGGGUGUACUGGGAGAGGCGCAACAACGAGAGGGGCAUUAUUCAGUGCCACCGGUGCCAGCUGUGA